CGCCGGCUUUUCGGCGGGGAGGACUCGGCGGGGGGAGUCGGAGCGGGAGUUCUCCCCUGCUCCCCCUGCUUCGUGGGCUUGCUGAGCCGGGUCCGCCCCCCGUUAAUCCAGGAUGGCGUUUAAGGCUUCGCCCGCCUCGGCUUCUGGGCCGCGGCUCCGCUCAGCACUGGCGUGGAUGCUCCCUUCACCCGGCCUUUGGGGACUCAGUUGCUUUUUGAUGGCGGCAGCCGCUGCUGGGUGAGCGGCCGGAGACUGUGCAGUACUCCUCCCGUCGGGAGAGGAUCGCUUUCUCCCGCCGUCACCACCUCCGCGUUGGUGGCGGUGCUUUUCCCUCUUUAACUUCUCCGCCACGCUCGAAGGGACGAGAAGAUGCCACUGCCAUUUGGAUUGAAACUAAAACGCACCCGGCGCUACACGGUGUCCAGCAAGAGCUGCCUGGUUGCCCGCAUCCAGCUGCUCAAUAAUGAAUUUGUGGAGUUCACGCUGUCUGUGGAGAGCACUGGCCAGGAGAGCCUGGAAGCUGUGGCCCAAAGACUGGAGCUCCGGGAGAUCACUUACUUCAGCCUCUGGUACCACAACAAGCAAAAUCAGCGCCGGUGGGUAGAUUUGGAAAAACCUCUCAAGAAGCAGCUGGAUAAAUAUGCACUGGAACCGACCGUCUAUUUUGGAGUGGUGUUUUAUGUGCCUUCAGUUUCACAGCUGCAGCAGGAGAUUACCAGGUAUCAGUAUUAUCUGCAGCUGAAGAAAGAUAUCUUGGAAGGAAACAUUCCUUGUACAUUAGAACAAGCAAUUCAGCUAGCAGGCUUAGCUGUUCAAGCUGAUUUUGGUGACUUUGAUCAGUAUGAGUCCCAGGACUUUCUUCAGAAAUUUGCCUUGUUUCCUGUGGGGUGGUUACAAGAUGAAAAAGUAUUGGAAGAAGCAACCCAGAAAGUGGCCUUACUGCAUCAGAAAUACAGAAGGCUCACCGCUCCUGAUGCGGAAAUGCUGUACAUGCAGGAGGUAGAGAGAAUGGAUGGCUACGGAGAAGAGAGCUACCCUGCAAAGGAUAGCCAAGGCAGUGACAUAUCCAUUGGAGCAUGUCUUGAAGGGAUCUUUGUGAAACACAAGAAUGGAAGGCCUCCUGUGAUAUUUAGGUGGCAUGAUAUUGCCAACAUGUCCCACAAUAAGUCCUUCUUUGCAUUAGAGCUGGCCAAUAAAGAGGAGACCAUCCAGUUUCAAACUGAAGACAUGGAAACCGCAAAGUACGUGUGGAGACUCUGUGUUGCGCGACACAAAUUCUACAGACUAAAUCAGUGCAGCCUGCAAACUCAGACUGUCACAGUGAACCCAAUUAGGAGGAGGUCAUCUUCAAGGGUAUCCCUGCCUAAGCCCCAGCCCUAUGUGAUGCCUCCCCCACCCCAGCUGCAUUAUAAUGGACAUUAUACAGAACCAUACACUUCCUCCCAAGAUAACCUCUUUGCGACCAACCAGAAUGGAUACUACUGUCACUCUCUGACAAGUUUGGAUCGAGCUCAGAUUGACCUCAGUGGUCGGAUCCGAAACGGCAGUGUAUACAGUGCACACAGCACUAACUCCCUGAACAACCCGCAGCCCUACCUGCAGCCGUCCCCCAUGUCCUCUAACCCGAGCAUCACGGGGAGUGACGUCAUGAGACCCGACUACGUGCCGUCCCACCGGCACAGCGCCCUGAUCCCCCCGUCGUACCGCCCGACCCCAGAUUACGAGACGGUGAUGAAGCAGCUCAACAGAGGCAUGGUGCACGCCGGAAGGCAGAGCCACUCGCUGCGAAACCUCAACAUCGGCAACUCGUACGCCUACAGCAGGCCCGACGCGCUGGUGUACAGCCAGCCGGAAAUUCGGGAGCACGCCCCCUUCACCUCCCCGCAGUCGGCCCACUACCCGUUCAGCCUGAACUACAGUUUCCACAGCCCGUCCCCGUACCCGCACCCCGCCGAGCGGCGGCCCGUGGUGGGUGCCGUCAGUGUGCCUGAGCUGACCAACGUGCAGCUGCAGGCGCAGGACUACCCGGCCCCCAACAUCAUGCGGACGCAGGUGUAUCGCCCGCCCCCGCCCUACCCGCCCCCGCGGCCGGCCAACAGCACCCCGGACCUGUCCCGCCACCUGUACAUAAGCAGCAGCAACCCCGACCUCAUCACCAGGCGCGUGCACCACUCGGUGCAGACGUUCCAGGAGGCUAGCCUGCCCGUGGCGCACUCCUUGCAGGAGGUCAGCGAGCCGCUUACGGCCGCCCGGCGCGCGCACCUGCACAAGAGGAACAGCAUCGAGGUGGCCGGGUUGGCGCACAGCCUUGAGGGCCUGCGGCUCAAGGAGCGCACCCUGUCCGCGUCAGCCGCCGACCCGCCGCCCAGGCCCGUCUCGGCGGGCUCCCAGCCCGGUGGCUGCCCCGAAAGGGCUGAGCGGGACCAGGCGGACGAGCGGGGAGGCCUGGGCUACGGCCACAAGAAAUCUCUCUCUGACGCCACCAUGCUGAUCCACAGCAGCGAGGACGAGGAGGACCUGGAAGAGGAGAUCGCCUCGCUGGCGGUGCCCUUUCCCCGGGGCCGCCACUCCCCGGAGCAGCAGGCCGGCCCCUCCCGCGGCCCCUGCGCCCCCACCGCCGCUGCCCCGGGCUCCCUGCACGGCCGCGACACUGCGGCCGCGCUCGCGGAGGCCACCCGGCCCCGCAGAGAGGGGCUGCUCACGCCCUCCAUGUCCGAGUCCGACCUCACCACGUCGGGGCGCUACCGAGCCAGGAGGGACUCCCUGAAGCAGCGGCCGGUGUCCGAUCUCCUCUCGGGGAAGAAGAACGUUGUGGAAGGCCUUCCGCCGCUAGGGGGAAUGAAAAAGAGCCGGGUAGAUGCAAAAAAAAUUGGUCCUCUCAAAUUGGCUGCCCUAAAUGGACUCUCCCUAUCCCGACUGCCUCUGCCUGAUGAAGGAAAGGAAGUGCCCGCCAGAGCCACCAAUGACGAGAGGUGUAAAAUUCUGGAACAGAGGUUAGAACAGGGAAUGGUAUUCACAGAAUAUGAAAAAAUUCUUAAAAAACGGCUAGUUGAUGGGGAGUGCUCAACAGCACGACUCCCUGAAAACGCAGAAAGAAAUCGAUUCCAAGAUGUCCUUCCCUAUGACGACGCCAGAGUGGAGCUGGUCCCAACUAAAGAAAACAACACUGGCUACAUCAACGCGUCACAUAUUAAGGUCUCUGUCAGUGGAAUUGAGUGGGAUUAUAUUGCCACACAGGGGCCACUACAGAAUACCUGUCAGGACUUUUGGCAGAUGGUGUGGGAACAGGGAAUUGCCAUUAUAGCAAUGGUGACUGCAGAAGAGGAGGGCGGCAGGGAGAAGAGCUUCAGGUACUGGCCACGACUGGGUUCCCGGCACAACACAGUCACCUACGGGAGGUUUAAGAUCACAACGCGGUUCCGCACGGACUCCGGCUGCUAUGCCACCACAGGCUUGAAGCUGAAGCACCUGCUCACGGGGCAGGAGAGGACUGUCUGGCAUCUCCAGUACACCGACUGGCCCGAGCACGGCUGUCCCGAGGGCCUCACGGGCUUCUUAUCAUACCUUGAGGAGAUCCAGUCUGUUCGACGCCAUACAAAUAGUACCAGUGAACCAAGAAGUCCCAACCCUCCGUUGCUGGUCCACUGCAGUGCUGGGGUGGGAAGGACUGGCGUCGUCAUUUUGUCGGAGAUCAUGAUCGCCUGUCUGGAACACAAUGAGGUGCUGGACAUCCCCCGGGUGCUGGACCUGCUGCGGCAGCAGAGAAUGAUGAUGGUGCAGACCCUCUGCCAGUACACGUUCGUGUACCGAGUUCUCAUUCAGUUCCUGAAGAGCUCAAGGCUCAUAUAGGCUCCCACGGCUCGUGACGGGGACCCGAUGGUGGGACGCGAUGACAGCUGACAAGAGCGCUUGCCUGACUCGUGUCUCCUCGCGGCCACGAGUGGCGCCUGGACGGCGGCGCACGCAGGGAGCCAUGCAGAGCACAGGGCCAGGCAGGGGCUGAAGGAGACGCACGCGGUCCCUGGGGCCUUGCCCCCUCCCCUCUCCGACUUGCAGCACCUGCACGCUUCUUAGAGGCUGUUUGCUACGCAGCUCUCUGCUGUACCGAGGCUGUGCCGGGCGGCCUGGGCAGUCAGUAAGGCGUAUCGAUCUCUGUCUUGGACAUCUUGGAAUUUUAUGUUAUGACUAAAGUGUUUGGGGUUUUCUUGUUGAGAAACUGAACUUUCCAUGGGAAUGGUCCACAGGUGUGAUUGGUUCCUAUGUAAGUUUGUAUUUAAAACCAUGGUACUGUCUCUUGUUAUUUUUUUAAAAAACCUUAACAACUUAGUUACCAAACCCAAAACUACAAGAAGAAUCUAAAAGUGUUAUUUUGAAACAUAGAAAGCAUUUUUAUAUUCAGAAAAUUUUUUAUCCUAAAAUAUUCUAUAUAUUUGUACCUUCUCUAUUUUCCAAACGAGAGUUCAGCUCAUUAAGUUACUGAAAUGAAUCAGUUACUGUAAGAGAAAGUCGGGAAGGAAGGCACAUUAUUGGAAAUGUGAGACAAUACUCAGAAGUCACUAUUUUUUUUCAGUAUUAUUUAUAAACCUAAACGAGUUUGAUCUUAUUGGCAGAAACUGAAGUGAAAAACAAUUGCAUAGGUUGGUUUUAAGCACUUUGUUGUUAAAGACAAAUCUGAAUUUUAGUAUAUGUGUUGCCUGAUAGAUGAGACGGUAACAGUGAGUAUCCAGAAAUGUUUGGAAGAAGUAAGGGCUAAGCGUAUGUGGGGUGGUCAGGGCGAGAGUAAGUGCAGCGGAAAUGCAAGAUGGCAAACGCAAGAUGCCUUUGACAGAAGUACAGUAUUAACUCUGCUCACACUGAGAGGCUGGGAUGGAGAGAGGGGGCCCGGGGGAUGGCGGCUGAGCCCCCAGAGGGGAGGUACCCCCGGGAAGUUCACGUCACUCUCCGUGACUCACUUUGUUUCCUUAGAGUUCUUGUACCUAAACAUCUAUUCUUUUUUAAUAGUCAGGUUCAUAUUACCAUGAAAAGAAGCCUUGAAGAGGCUUUAUUUUCUUCUGAUUGGAAAAAGGGAAGAGUUAGUAAUAGUUUCACCCAUUUCCCAAAACUGCAGCCCAGACCACUUGUGGGGCCCCCAGAGAUCGCUGUGCUGUUCAAGAGGCGCUGGGGUUUUUAGCUCUCCGAUCCCCUAACUUCACCCCUGAGGUUAAUGUUAGCUUCUUGGUUCCUCCCCGCCCCCCACCCCCCCCCCACCCCCGUUCCGGUGCACCGAUCGCAUCCCGGUGGCUGAGCUAGAGAGGGAGAGUGUGGCCUUUGGUCAGGGCUGUGAGGGACUUGAGUAGGUAAGGACUUACUGGGUACGUUUCACUGCGGAGCCAUCUCAUUUUUCCUUCUGAGGCUGCUUCUCUAAAAUGCAGAGCUUCCAAAAUGCCGCAUCCAGGGCUAUUCCCCGAAUGACAGUGUCCAAGGGAUGGUUCUGAUUCCCACGUUCACUCCGAAGACGGUUUAACUCACUGUUGAACGUGACUGCCGAGUGUGUGUUGUCAGCUGGGAGACCCGAUUUGCUUCAUACGGUGUGGAUCUGCCUAUCUCUGGGUUACCCAGAAACCAGCCCUUCAGAGGGUCAUUCAGGACAUAGUAAUGAAAACGACUACUGGAAGUGGACACAUUGCUCACUUAGGGACAAGAUGUUAAUUUUAAACCUGAAAUUGUUUUAAGAGUCCUGUUUAAAUAACAGUAGACCCAAGUGUAAAUAUUGAGAAAGAGCUCCCAGAAUGGGAUAAGGAUUUUUAUGAUCAUAUUUCCCAUCUCCACACCGAAUAAAGGAUGGGAGUGUUUUCAGUGUUUUUGGGUUUUUUUCUUCCAUGGUACGUUUUUUUUUUUUUUUUAAAUGCUUUUCUGUCAGGUUUAAACAUUUUGAAGUGUUCCAUUGACAAGAACAUACUGUAAAACAAAAAUCUAAAGAGUAAUAUAUGGUAUAUUUGUGUUCCAGUUGUAAUAAUUAUAAGUAGAUUACUUCUGAGGGCGAAAUUACACUAUUUAAAUGUCAUUCUUAAAAUGUCACAUGUUUGACCAGCUUCUAAGACCCAUGUAAUUUUUUGUCCCUUUUGAAUAAACUUUUUCAGUUAGUGAAUAUGAAAGUAUUUCUGAAUAAAAAUCGACAUUACUGGACUUUGAAGUAAUGUGAUUUUCAAGAGCAAACUGUACAACAUUUAGGCUUCAUAGGUUUACCACCACCGAAUGGAGAAUGUUGCUGUCUGCCAAAGUUAUACAAUGCUUCGCUAUCUCAGUGUCUCUUUAGUUCCUUGAGAUUCUAAAUUUCAUAGCAAAAUUACCAAAAUGUACAUUUUCACAAAAAGUAGGUUACAAACCAGUGUUUUCCAAUGGAUUGAUUUUGGCAUCUCUGGCAUCAGUCUUCCUGAUUAGUGGGGUCUUUUGAUGAAAUAUUCUCCUGAGAGUUUUGAGCACAGAAAAGUGUUCAUUUAGAAUGUUAAGUGCAGUCAUUAGUAAUUACUUUCCUCUGGAACACCUACUGUGAAGUAUUCUGAAAACCCUAGUAUUUAGCCUUCAAAACCCUUUGGCAGAAUAAAAACAGAAGGUGGCUGGACCUGUCCUUCCUUUGAAGCUUCCAGAAAGAGCAAGGUCUAGGCAGAGACACAGAGGAAGAGUGUGUCAGGGGGGAGGGUUGAGUGAUGACAUUAAUCAAGGCCAACUUUUCUGAGAAGCUUUCAUCGUCAGAAGAAAGCCCCUUUAGGAUGGGUUGAUAUGUUAAUAUUCACAACAUUUAGAAGAUACAUAUGUAUAUGUUAUAUAUAUAAUAUAAAACCUCAUGUUUUAAAAUGUACAACUGGAGGUCAGCUGCACUGUAGGAACAGGUUUGAGAUUUGCAUGAACAAAUGGAAGCAAGAAUUGCUGUUUGUUGUAAAUUGUUUUUAAAAUCAGACUUUUAAAGUUUUAAUUUAUUUAUUCAUUUUAAGCAAUCUCUGCACCCAACAUGGGGUUCAGAUUCAUGACCCUGAGAUCUGGAGUCACAUGCUCCUUCGACUGAGCCAGUCAGGUGCCCCUAAAAUCGGACUUUUUAAAGGAACUCUUCGGGAUAUAAAUUUAGGGAACUUCUUUCCCAUCAAGAUUUCAUGUGGAGCAAGCUAAAACUAUCUUUUUUUUUUUUUCCAGUUUAAAGUUUAUUUUAAAAAAGAGAUCUAAAUUGGAGGGGCUCUUUAUUGAGCUGAGAGACAUUUCAAAAAUAGAGGAAUAAGUACAGUAAGAAUUUGCCUGGAAAAACAUUUCUCAAAAGAACAUGACUUUUUCAAACUCCUCUAGAUAAGGGCUCUGUUCCAGUAUCUACAAUUAUAGAGAAAUGAGGAAAAAUCUGAAAGUCCAGUUAUUUAAAGUUUGCACGUGUUGGGGAUGAGUGGAUUGAGGAUUUUAGGAAACCAUUGACGGGGUCCUCGGGCGGUUAAGGUGGCAUAGUUUUCUGUAUAUUACAGUCAGUUCCCAAAUAAAAAUUAUGCUCUAAAA